GAUUUCAAAAUAAAUAAUCGAUAGACAAAUGUACAUCUACACUGCCGCAUAAUUUUGCGUUUGAUCUUGAGAAAGUAUUAUUUAUUUAGAAAAUCUCGCAAAAACUAACAUAUUCGAAAUGGCAAAUGAAUGCGGUGUGCUACGUUUGCCGGUGGACUGCGAGUCGAUACGGUUUAAUGAUUGGUCCAUUAGCUAUGAGAAGUCACACAUAUUGAAGAGCAUGUGCCAUUUGGGCAGCGAUAAGUGCUGCGAUAAGGAUGAUGCCAAUCGCUGUGAGCUCUGCCACUAUCAGCAUACGCUGGAGCUUCCCCACCUGCCCGAUAUGGUGUUUCAUAAAAAUAAGCUCGUCCUGCAGCACAAAGAUGGCGCCCUCAUGGAAUUCAAGCCCAUGGAUGCACUUGCUCUGGUCGCCAAUGGCAAACAAGCAGCCGUCGAGGUGGCCUGCGCUCAGGAAUGGCGCGAAACGCGCGCCGAACAGAACAUGGAACAGAAAUACAAACCCUUCGAUUGGACAUUCACAUCCACAUAUCAGGGCACAUUGAAUGCACAAUUUCGCUCAGAGACCACAGAUCAAACGCUCAACAAAAUGAAACUGAUGCAGCGUGAAAAUAUUCUGUUUUAUCACGAUCUCACACUAUACGAGGAUGAGCUGCACGAUCAUGGCAUUUCCGUGAUGAGUGUGCGCAUUCGUGUCAUGCCCUCCGGUUUCUUUGUGCUGUUACGUCACUUUCUGAGAAUCGACGAUGUUCUCAUACGAAUGCAUGAUACGCGCUUCCAUUGCGAGAUCGAGAAUGACUAUAUACUCAAGGAGUACAUACAUCGUGAGGCGCCCUGUUCCGAGCUGCAGUCGUCGACUAGUUACUGGACGAGCCCCGAUGAAAUGCAAAACUUUCUGCCCGUCAAAGCAAAGGAGCUGCACAAAUUGUAUUUCAAAUAGCUCAGUUAUACUGCUUUUCCAUUUGAUUUUUAUUUUCUUAUCGAUGCAUCAAUAUCGCAAUAAGGCCAAUUUUUUCCA